GUGCAAUAUAAAAAAAUUUAUGAAUUAUUAUAUAUGUGACAGUUGUUCCUAAUUUUUAUGUAUUUGUAGUAAAUAUUCAGAAAUAUAAAAUGGCUAAUAUUGAAUUAGAUAUAUGGCGCGGAGAAUGGGGACUUGCUUCUAUAGAUUUAGAAUGUUUAAAAGUCUUAACCUAUAUGAAAUUUAUUGGCGUACCAGUCAGGGUUCGAGAAGCUAGUAAUCCUUUUUUCACACCUAAAGGAUCCCUACCGGUUAUGAGAGAUGGUAGAACUGUUCUGACAAAUUUCGAGGAAGUUGUAGAAUAUUUAAAAUCACUGCAUUACAGUACAGAUGUUCAUCUAAAUCAAAAACAAGCCGCUGAAGCCAGUGCCUUCACACAAUAUUUACGGGAUAAACUCUACCCUGCUUACCAGUAUGCGUGGUGGGUGGACGAGAAGAACUAUGGUGAUGUAACAAGACCCACAUAUGCAAAAGCCUUACAAAUUCCUUUUAACUUUUACUAUCCCUCCAGAUAUCAAGGGGCAGCAAAAGAAAUGAUAGAUGCAUUAUAUGGUGAACAUUCUGAUUUGAAAGAAGUUGAAAAAACAAUUUACAAUGAAGCUGAAAAGUGUCUGAAGACUCUCUCAGACAGGUUGGGUGAAAGUGAAUAUUUCUUUGGCAAUAGACCAUCUUCAUUUGAUGCAACUGUAUUUGCAUACCUCGCUCCUCUUGUGAAAACACCUCUUCCCAACGCAACUCUUUCAAAUCAUGUCAAAGGGAUAGCUAAUUUGAGCAGAUUUGUUGCAAGAAUCAGUCAGAAGAAUUUUAGAAAUGUUACUGAUGAGUACAAUAGACAGAAUAAGAAACAAUCUCAGGGCACUCAGUCGGAGCGCGAGGCGCAGUUUCCGAAUGCGACGCGCAACAAAGUGCUUGCUGGAUUGUUCGCCACACUCGCCAUGACUGGUUACGCUGUGGCCACUGGCAUGUUUCAGGACAUGAAAGAUUUCCAGCACUCACAAGAUUACAGCGAGAUGUUUGAGAAUGAAGAAGACGACAACUGAUAUUGAGCCAGCUGUUGACAACACAACUAAGACGCAUCACCUGUAGCGGAAUUUGCACUAAUAAUUAUUCUUUUUACACACAAAUUGAUACAUUCUAUUUUAUUAAAAAUAUUUAUCUUAUUUUUACCAUUGCAUUUAAUAAUAGUAUAAAGAAACUGCCGAUUUUUGCUAAUUUCUUUAUUUCCAUGUGUGUGAAAAGACAAAGUAUGUUGCAUAUAUUUAUAUUAUUAAAUAUCAUACUGUGAAUCAAUCCCAGAACGUUUGAUCUAUAGUUACACUUGUCCAUACUUACACAAGCAAUAUAUAUUAAAUGUGCUGGACAAAAAUCUUUAAAUAAAAAUAUAAUUCAUUAGAGCUUACCUCAUAAUUUGUCCAAGAGUUGAUGGUGGCUUUUAUUAUUGGAACAAAAUUAUCUGUAAAUAUAGGUGAUAAUGUAAAAAAACUAAUGAAUAAGAAACAAAAUACGAAAUAUUGUUCCUGUUUUCCAUUGAAUUUAUUGUAACAGCAUAUUUUAUAUAGUUAGAAUACUUUCUUUUUUUCAACUGCUGAUAUGAUUUGCAGUUUAGUUUUGGUUUCUAAUUAAAAUCCUUUUAUAAACUUUGUUAACUGUGAUGAUUCUUCAUCACUAAUUAAAAUAGACUGGCAUUUAUGUAUUUACUUAAUAUUAUUUGGGUGAGUAAAAAGAGGGUAAAAGUGGAUGAUUGCGAAAUUUAAUAAUUAUUUAAUUUCGAUUUUGUUAAAAACCUACAUUUAAUAUGUAAAAAGCAUUGAAUAUCAAUGUAGUUUGUAAGAUAGGUUUAGAAACCAAAUGUGUAGUUUUGAUUUAUUUGUUAGUUUCGUCUUCAUAAAGGAAUUGUUCACUGCAACGAGUGAGUGUGAUUUGUUUGUUUUAAUUUAUUAGUGAAGCAUGAAUAAAUAUUGUUUGUUACUA